CAAAUCGUGGCGAGGGAAUGCGACUCUCACCAUUCCAAGUCUCCCAGGUCCAGCAACUUGUGGCAGGGGCGCAGGAUUCGCGGCGGUCCAGGCCUCACAGGGUGCACCCGAUGUUCCCAGAUCGGGGGGGCCUGCUUGAGCCAGGCCGGAUCACGAGCGUCCAGCCAUCGGGCCUUGUUGCUCGAAGAAUGGGAAGCGGCAUAGACAUAAUCUUUCGGAGCCCCGCGUGGAUUUCUUGGAUCGGCGCUCGGGUCCCCCUGGCGGCGCCUCCAGCGCUGCCUCUGGUGCGCUCCGCGCGCCAGGGAGCUCUGGAAGACUAUGUUUAUGCAGUUGUUUAUUUCUUCAUUUGCUGGGGUGAUGCGACAGCCACACAGCACACUAAGAACUUUUGCAACACUUUCUGAUGUUUCCGAAGACAUUUGGCCAAACUAGCUUCAGUCCACGGGACCAAGACUUCAGUCGACGAUUGAAGGGAGUUGAAGCAAGGACCCAGGUAUGGCAAUGACGGGGGCACGCAACGUCGACGCGAGAGUCCCAGAUGUGUUUGGUGACGGCCCCAAGGGCAUCACUCUCGGUGGCGUCCUUUGGAGGAUACUUCCAGCAGCCGCCGGUUCCUUCAUCGAGUGGUACGAGUUCGCCAUCUUCGGCUACCUCUCCAUCUACAUCGCCGGCAACUUCUUCCCAGGUAGCACCGGAGCGUAUGGAACUUGGGCCGCCUUCGCGAUCACCUUCUUGUUCAGGCCGAUCGGAGGUGCUGUUUUCGGUUGGAUGGCAGACCAGCUGGGCCGAAAGCCAGCGAUGCAGCUGACCAUCAUGUGCAUGCUGGUGACGACGAUUCUGCAGGGCUGCCUCCCGACCUUCCACUCCUGCGGCGACAGCUGGGGCUGGGUGGGGAUGAUCCUCAUGCUGCUGCUUCGCACGCUCCAGGGCCUGAGCGCGGGCGGCGAGCUGACAACCGCGGCGGUGUACAUCUCGGAGGUGUCGCCCAGAGAGAGGCUGGGCUUCAACACCUCGUGGAUCGCCGUGUGCGGAGCCUUUGGCGCCUACGUGGUUGCCGCGCUCGUGGUCUUCGUCAUGGAGAGCUUUCUCAACACGGAGCAGAUGAUGGAGUGGGGGUGGCGGAUCCCAUAUCUCAGUGCCAUCUUUCCUGGCGCGUUGGUUGUCAUCGGUCGCCAUUGGCUCACCGAGUCGGAGGAGUUCGUCGAGUCGAAGCAUCAGGGCGUGGAGUUAGAGGAGGGAGACUCUGGAGCCGUGAAGUGCCCAGGCCAAUCGGCUCCUCUGAGGGAGCUGCUCCUCGACUAUUGGCCUCAACUCCUGGUCGGCACCCUGGGCACUGCCGGCUGCGGGGCCCUCUGGUACGUGCCGCCGGUCUACGGCGUGCAGUUCAUCCAGACCUACGACGGCCUGCCGCCCUCUGCGGUGACCCUCUCCGAGCUGGUCGUGUACCUCCUUCCCACGGUCCUGUCCCCCGUGGUCGGGCUGCUCGUGGACGUCUGGGGCGCCGGGCGCGUCUACCUGCUCGCGCUGGCCGCGGGGUGCGUGGUCGCCCCGCUGCCGCUCUUCUACUGGUGGACGCACGUCCCCGGCUCCGACGCCGUGCUGGCCGUGUAUCUCGGCCAGGUGAUUCUCGGUGUCCUGAUCGCGCUCACCGCCUCGGUCUACCUGUGGGCAAUCGAGCUGUUCCCGACGCGCGUUCGCGUGACGGGCGUGUCCCUCGCGUAUAACCUCGGGGUGGGCGUCUUUGGCGGGGUCGGUCCUCUCAUCUCGGAGGCAGGGAACCAUAUGCUGGACCCGCGCGGCCCAAUCUCGGCCCCGGCCGCCUACAUGCUCGCGGUCGGCAUACUCUCGGUGCUCACGGUGCUGACCAGCCGCUGGAUGGGCAGUCGCGGAGUGCUGAAGAUCAGUCACAUCCGCGUCAACCCGUAUUGAGGGCCUCGAAGUGGAGCAGCGCCGCGGUCUCUGGUGCAGCAUAUGCCUGCACCAGUGUGCGAUUUUUUUGAAAUGCUGUCUCCGAGGUGGGACACGCUUUCAUCGUCCAGAUUCUUGCGAUCGGCAAUCGUUUUCCACGACACCUGCUCAAUAGUCUCCGUGAGCGUAGUUAGCAGAGGAGUGCCGGUAAUUACAGACAGCGGAUCUGCAUAGGACAGUGGAUCGGCGAUACCGAACCCUAUCGUUUGCAACGGAUCUUAUUCAGACGUACAGUGCACGAUUCUAAGCCGCCAAAACCGUGGCCAAUGUCCACGGGAUGAGCAAGUACUUCUUUCGGUGACGCACCCAUUGUGCAGGGGCGCUUGCACCAGGCAGCGAAGAUGUGGUGCGUCAUCGUUUACGUAAGUCACCCUUCCAUCCAGUGGCCUUCGCUAGUCGUUCUCAUUGGAAGGUCCACUCGAAGACCGCCAGCAUACCAGACUUUCUCCGCACGCGUCUUGCAUUCUGGUCAUAUGUUUUCUUUUCUAGCAAGCCAGCAAGCACAGAAGCUGAGAGUCCAGCGUGAGCGCGACGAAGGUGGCCUCGCAAUGGCCGAAGGCUUCAUACCACCGUGGUGCAUCCGGAAGGCGGACGACGUGUCGAUGGGUUUCGUCAGGCACGGUACAUCCAUCCCCGGAACGUGUUCUUUGGUUCUCAAGAGUGGUUCCCGAGGGAAUUUCAGUGACGCUCCUGCCAAACAACGCUAACAGAUGCAGGACCAGAAAUCGGCGUCGAUUCGACAUUCGGUCUUCAACAGCCACUUUAGCGUAUUGGAGAGGCCUUACGGCCGGAGCCGCCGACCCUGAACAACGAC